GGGCCGUGGCACUGCAAAGCGCUUAGUCAUCACUACUCGCCGCUUUGCUCUCGCACUCCAGUGCGCUUUAUCCGCAGCCGCUUCGCUCAUGCUUAGCGGACCAUCUGCUCCUCCUACAUCACCAGGACUCGGGGGAUUCGGGGCACCUCGCAGAUCAAAUAACGGUACUCAGAAUGGCAUCGCAAGGCACCUGGAUUCCAUGACGGCUGCGCAAAUCAAAACCCACUCGAUAGAGGUCGUCAAACGAGAGACGAAGGGUGCUGCUCCUCUGAGCCUUCUCAGAAUGGCCGGAACCCAGAUCGCUUCUGCGACUGAAUGUGAGAAUAAAGGGGAUUUACGGAAUGCACUGGCUGCGUUUACGAAGUGCGCUACGCUUGUGCAGACAGUCAUGGAUUCGACAGAAUUCAAGAAGGAAGGGGUGCAUGGUGUGGUACACAAGGAAGCAAGGGACUUUCUUGAGCGCAAUCCCAUUCAAUACAUAUCUAGUCAUAUGACAGCUGCAGAGGAGAAACUGAAAGCGAUAGAGAAGGAGAAGGAGAAGAGUGAGGAAACGACAGGCCCAGUGUCCAUCCAAGACAGGAUACAGGCGUUGAAGAACAAUGGAUUGCAGGCUCUCGGGGAUGUUCCCAGGCGAGGGCAACCGGCAGGCAAACCCCCAGCUCCGGCAACGGCCCUCAAAGCACUCUCCGGACUCGAGUCGCCGAUAUCGUUGAACAUGAAUGCACUUUCGCUUUCAACACCAUCAGCUCCACCAUCCACUUCCUCGUCGCCUCACGCCUUAGUUUCCCCACAUUCUUUUGGACCUCCUUCGCCCACAUCGACACCCUCGUCUUCUCCUCUCCAACCACUAAUACACACACUCCCAUCUGUUCCCCAUGGGCCUGCUGCGCCGCUGCGCACGUUCAGCAUCUCGAGCACGGAAGCCAAAUUCCCGUCGAUCUCGGAACUCGAUGAGACGUUUGCGCUCCCCUCGGUGAACACCGGCAUAUCCACCGGAUCUGGCUCCACUGGGUCGGGUACCAGAGAACAGCUGACUACACUCGCGGACACAGCGGCCUCGUCGUCGUCGUCACCGUCGUUCCGCAACUAUCUACCGAUCGAACGGCCGUCAAGUACCCCCGUCACCCCCAGCCUCCCGGCAUUCGUCAGCCGGCCGCCGUCGCCCAGCAGACCUCCGAUUCCAGUCAAACCGUCUGCGUUGUCCUCUGCGAUCCCGAAGCCCGCGCUGCCGAACAGCGGCUCGGCAUUCCCCAAAGAUUUAUACGCCUACCUCCGGGAUCACAAAGUCCUCCUUCUGGAUGUGCGCAACCGAGCUGACUUUGAAAAAGUGCAUAUUAAGACCGACGCAAUCGUUUGCGUCGAACCGGUUGUCCUCUCAAGGGCAGGGUUGACGGCGGACCGGCUGGAAGACAGCAUGGCCAGUGCACCAACGAAUGAAACAACCAUGUUCAAGAACCGGGACAAGUUUGAUCUCAUCGUUGUCUAUGAUCAGUCGUCUCAGUCUCUGGGUCCACCGUCGGCUCCCAUGGCGAUCCUCGUCAGGUUGAUCAGCGAGCAGGCGUUCACAAAGAUGUUGAAGAGGAUGCCGAUGGUCUUGAUCGGGGGACUGGAUGCCUGGAGGAGGGACAUCGGAGACAAUGAGGUGACGAGCUCCACAUUAUCAACUCUCUCUCGGACAACAUCGACGAACGGGGAGGGCGCCUUCGCUGCUCCGUCUCCCGUGACUUUCUCGAGUUCGUCCUCGAUCGCGAAUGGGUUCUCCUCGACCAAUGGUGUCAGCGGCUAUGUGAGCUCGGCCACGGUCAACGGAUAUUCGGGCUCGGCAACGAUGACGACGAGCGCCUCUGAGCACCAAUUGUGGACACCGCGGUCCAGGGCAGACACGAAUCCGAUUCCGACUCCAUCACCGACUCAUCUGGGGCAUCGACCCAAUUUCUCUGUAGACCAGUCCAUCGGACAUUCACGGUCACCUGCAGAGAUAUCAUGCCCAACGUCUGUGAGAAAGCCGCCUUUACGACCGACGCCCUCCGGUGGUCCAUUCGGUACUAUUCCUGAAUCUACUUUUUCAGGGACGUCUUCCCCGAUCGCCUAUCCGUCGUUUUCGUCGCGCAACUCCCCUUCGGUCAGCAGUCCACCACCUAUCAUGUCUCCACCACAGGCGUCAAUCAAUCCGACACUUUCCCGCCGCCGAAGCGACUACAUCGACCAGUCGCAAGAAGCCGUGUCGAGUCUUCGGCCGCUGGAUUACCCCAGUCAGCAGCAUCUCAUUCGGCCGCCGCCCGCGGUGGCAUCAUCCGCUUUGGAACGUCAAGAACGACCGCGCGGAACGACGCUCUCAAAUCCGCCUUCGUCCGACGUGCCAAGAAUCAAUUCUGAUUAUGCGCCGACGUACUGGUCCGACAUUUCUAUCGGCACCUCGGGUCUCAAGAAUCUGGGCAACACCUGUUACAUGAAUGCGCCGAUUCAGUGUCUGAGUGCGAGUCUGCCAUUCGCACAGUUCUUUGCCAAUGGGCGUUGGAAGACUGCAGUGAAUACAGUAAACCCGCAUGGCUCUAAAGGACUUCUGUCUGGUUCAUUUGCGAAUCUGGUUCGAUCCAUGUGGAGCGGCGAGCUACCGUAUAUCAUCCCCGUAGAAUUCAGGAAAACUGUUUGUCACUUGAACAGCCAGUACAAUGGCUCAAAUCAGCACGACUCACAAGAGUUCCUCAGUUUCCUCCUGGACGGCAUCCACGAAGAUUUGAACCGCUUGCUCAUCCAGCCAACGUUCACUCGAACGCCAGAGCAGGAAGCCGAACUCGAGCGCCUCAGUCCGCAGAUUGCCAGCGAACAAGAAUGGAGGCUCUGGAAAACUCGAAACGACAGCCUCAUCGUCGACUUUUUCCAGGGCCAGUUCCGGAACCGGCUGCAAUGCUCAACGUGUAGCACGACGUCGACGACGUACAACGUGUUCUCGAUUUUGCAGUUGCCGAUUCCGACUGGCAGAGGCUCCAAGGUCCCGCUGCAGAGCUGUAUCGACGCUUUCUUCAACCGGGAGAUCAUGGACAAGGACGAUGCCUGGGACUGCCCCAAGUGCAAAACAAAAAGGCGUGCCACGAAGGAGUUGUCUCUGGCGCGGCUUCCCCCGAUCCUGGUGAUCCACUUGAAACGCUUCGAGAUCCAUGGCCGGUUUUCGGACAAGAUCGAUACCUUCGUCGAUUAUCCAGUCAAGUCGCUGGACCUCACCAACUUCAUGCCGCCGCCGCUACCUCCGGGUGCAGACAAGAGCCAGCUCAAUGGCGGGAUGCCCAUGAGCUCGGAUGAUCCUCGGGUCCAGCUUCCGCCGUACAAGUACAAUCUGUACGCAGUGACAAACCACACGGGUAACCUCACCAGCGGUCAUUACACGGCAUUUAUUGCUGACCGGGAUGGAUGGAAAUCCUGUGACGACAGCAGUAUCCGGUCCGUGGACGAGAAACAGGUCGUUAACCAACGUGCCUACGUUCUGUUCUACAAACGGGUGAAGAACACGCCGUAGAUUGGGGAACGGAUAUCUUAUGGUAUAUUUUACAACUGCAACCUUUACUGUCACAACCUAUUCGCUAUCCAUUAAGCACCCAUCUGUAUUUACUACGCACAUUGGAAUGUAGACGAGACGAUCUGAGCCAGCAGAAAGUUCGCACGUCACUUGA